UGUAUGUAUAUAGCAUAGCAGUUCAGCAAAAGGGACUGAUAGAAUGAGUACCAGACUUAAAAAGAGAAAGUACUUGGCUUGAUUCAAUUGACUAAAAAUUCUUGAAGGUCGUGCCCCAGGAUGGCUGCAGUCUAAUAACUUAGGCAAGUAAAAGAUAGAAGAUAUGUAUGUGUGUGUAUGUGUAGACUUAAAAGAUGAGUCCUGAGGUCAAUUUCUUCCACUAAAACUAUUUAAGGUGGUGCUGCAGCAUGGCCACAGUCAACUGAGUAAAAGAAUAACAGAAUUACUUAUGAUGGGAUAGUGUGAAUGGCAAAAAGUUAAAUAUCUUAAUUUUUGAGAGCAUUUCAUUGGGAGUCUAGGUCCUUGUAGGUAAAGGUGUAGAUAACCAGCAGCAGAGGACAUACUGGAGUUUCUGGCCAGGGUUCAAUACCAUCCUGAGCAAAGCCAAAUGGUUUUUCACUUACUUUUUGUUUCUACAUCUGCAAAAAUAUAAAAUUAUAUAAUAAUAAUAAAUGUAGGAGUGGCUGUAUGGUAAGAAUCUUGCUUCCGAACCUUUCUGGGUUGAGUCCCACUAUUUGGCAUCUUGGACAAGUCUUUUUCUGUAGGCUCAGACUGGCCAAAGACUUGUGAGUGGAUUUGGUAGACAGAAACUGAAAGAAGCCAGUUGUGUGUGUGUGUGCUGGGAAAGAUGAGAUAUUUAAAUCUACUUUUAUUAUUGAUUGGACGCAAUUAUAGAUUUAAGUAGCUCAUUUUUGACAGCAAUUAUUGGGGGGUAAAGGUGAGUGUAGAUGAGCCGGGUGAGGGGGACAUUCUGAAGUGUCCUGUCCUGGGUUCAAACCUGGUCAGGAUGGGGGAAGAAGGAAUAUCAGAUGACACUGGCACAAGAAUAUUUUACUUUGGAUAGUAUCAUCAAUGUUUAUCAUCAUUUAAAGACUAAGAGAAGAUGUUAUACAGAAAACAUACCACCUUGACUUUAUUAAAUCUCUUCCUAAAUAUUUCCUGUCAACUGAAAUAUUCAAAUUGUGUACAAGGUCUACAAAAGUAAUUUGCAUUCUAAUUAAACUUAAAUUUGCUGACAUUUUCAAAUAUCACCAAUGAGCAAAGUUGGUGAAAAUUUCAUAGGAGAAAAUAUAAAUAUUAAAGAAGUGGUGAGUGAAUAAUAAUUAUGGAAAAUGAACUAUGUGAGAUACCAGUAAAAGUUAAAACAGAGCCUGAAAGGAUUGAUUUUGCUUCUGAGAUGCUAAAAGAGACAGAAAAAACAUCAUACCACCGUGACAUAUGUGGUGAAUCAUUCUUUCAAACCAGUCACCUAACUACUCAUAGAAGUAUCCAUACACAAGAAAAGCCAUAUCACUGUGAUAUCUGUGGAUCGUCCUUCUCUCAGAGAAAUGCUUUAACUAUACAUAAACGCAUUCAUACAGGGGAGAAGCCAUAUCACUGUGAUAUCUGUGGUAAAUCAUUUUCUGAAACAGGAAACUUAACUACACACAAACGUAUUCAUACAGGAGAGAAGCCGUAUUGCUGUGAUAUCUGUGGUAAAUCAUUCUCUGUAACAGGUCACUUGACUAGACACAAAAUCAUUCAUACAGGAGAAAAACCUUAUCACUGUGAAGUCUGUGGAAAACCUUUUUCUCAACGUAUUCAUUUAAUUUUUCACAAAAGCAUUCAUACAGGAAUCAAGCCAUAUUGCUGUGAUUUCUGUAGUAAAUCAUUUUCUCGAAAUGAAGGCUUAACUAAACACAAGCAUAUUCAUAUUGGAGAGAAACCAUUUUCCUGUGAUAUAUGUGGUAAAUCAUUCUCUACAAGCAGUGACUUAAAUAAACACAAGUGCAUUCACACAGGCAAGAAACCCCAUCACUGUGUAAUCUGUGGUAAAUCAUUUUCUGGAAGUAGUGAGUUAACUACUCACAAACGUAUUCAUACAGGAGAGAAGCCAUAUCAUUGUGAUAUCUGUGGCAAAUCAUUCUCUGGAAGUAGUAAUUUAAAUAAACACCAAUAUAUUCAUACAGGAGAGAAGCCAUAUUCAUGUGCUAUCUGUGGUAAGCAAUUCUCUUAUAGUAAUGCAUUAGAUAUGCACAAAUGCAUUCAUACAGGAGAAAAACCAUAUCACUGUGAUAUCUGCGGUAAAUCAUUCACUUAUAGAAAUGCUCUAACUAUACACAAACAUAUUCAUACUGGAGGAAAACCUUAUUACUGUGAUAUCUGUGGCAAAUCAUUCAUUGUAAGUAGUCAUUUGACUAACCACAAACACAUUCAUACAGGUGAAAAGCCAUAUCACUGUAACAUCUGUGGAUUUAAGUACUCACAUACGUACUCAUACAGGAGAGAAACCAUACCACUGUGUCAUCUGUGGUAAAUCCUUCUCUCACAGAAAUGCUUUAACUAUUCAUAAACGAAUUCAUACAGGAGAGAGGCCAUAUCACUGCAUUAUCUGUGGUAAAUCAUUCUCAGUAAGUAGUGAUUUAACUAGACACAAACGCAUUCAUACAGGAGAAAAGCCCUAUCACUGUGACAUCUGUGAUAAAUCUUUCUCUGGAAGAGGUCAUUUAACCACUCAUAAAUAUAUUCAUACUGGAGAGAAGCCAUAUCUCUGUGAUAUCUGUGGUAAAUCAUUUACUCACAGUGGUGACUUAACCACUCACAAACGCAUUCAUACUGGAGAGAAACCGUAUCAUUGUGAUAUUUGUGGUAAAUCAUUCUCUCGUCAUAGUCAAUUAACUAUUCACAAACGCAUACACACAGGAGAAAAGCCAUAUCACUGUGAUAUCUGUGGCAAAUCAUUAUCUGACCCAGGUAACUUAACUAGUCACAAACGUAUUCAUACAGGAGAAAAGCCAUAUCUCUGUGAUAUUUGUGGUAAAUCAUUUUUGGAAGUGGUGACUUAACUACUCACAAACGCAUUCAUACAGGAGAGAAACCAUAUCACUGUGAUGUCUGUGGUAAAUCAUUUUCUCAGAAACGUCAUUUAACUACACAUGUAUUUAUUCAUACAGAAGAAUAACUGCCAAUGGAGGAAGAUAUGCUAUAAAAAAUACCUAACCAUAAAUAUAUUUGCAGAGGAAAAUAGACAAACCUAUCAAUGAAAACUAUAUUUUAUUUAACUACAGCUAUGUACAUUCAUGAGAUAACUUAUUGCUUUGAUAGUUUUUGGUAAUAAUAUCGUUUCAGAAUAUAUAAGAUAACAUAGUACAUGAGGGGAGGUAAGAUGUAUUUGGUCUAUUGUAUGUAACUGAGAAAUGUAUUCUCAUAAAUCAGGCAUUACAUCACUGUGUAAUUUUGUUAGUAAUAAAUAUACAAGUGAUAGAAGAAAACAUUUUAUCACAUUAUAUAAGAUAUA